GCAUGCAUGAGUCAAUCUCAGAAUCGGUUGCCUACUGUAAGGGUGACGCCAGAGUGCGAGCGGAACGCGAUGCGGCGCUCAACGCGACGCGGGCCAAUGCGUCGCGCGAUGCGGUGCUUGCGAAUGCGAACGCGAUGAGACGCGUGCGAGCCAAUGCGGAGUAAACAAACAAACGUCGGUGUAACUAUUUUGCGGUUUCGGCAUGGAUUCCUCCGACGAAGAUUAUUUUGCAACAAAUAGCAUUAGCGAUUAUAUUUUUGGAAAAAAGAAAAAGUACGGUAUCCACCCGAUCAAUCAAGACCGAAGGAAAUACGGAGAAUUUUAUCAUUUGUACCCCCAACUACGGGAGCAUCCUGACAAAUUUUAUAACUAUUUGCGAAUGACGAUCCCUACAUUCGAUUAUAUACUGGACAUAGUUGAUCGGAAAUUAAUGAAAAUGUGGACAAACUUUAUUAAAACUCCGAUAACUCCGUGCGAGAAAUUAGUUAUAACUAUAAGAUUUCUUGCUACCGGAACCUCUUUUGCGGCAUUAUCAUAUUCAUUUAGAGUUGGAAGAUCUACAAUCGGAGAUAUCGUGAAGGAAACUUGUCGCGCUCUUUGGGAGGAGCUGCAACCAAUUCAUAUGCCGAAACCAACGCAGCUUUUAUUCAGAAGCAUUGCGCAAGAUUAUUGGGAACUGUGGAAUUUCCCCAACUGUGCAGGGAGUAUCGAUGGAAAGCAUAUACGCAUUCAAUGUCCACCACACUCUGGAACAAUGUUCUAUAAUUAUAAAAAGUUUUUCUCCAUUGUGUUGCAAGGUGUAGCGGACGCUAGAUGUAAAUUCAUUGCUAUAGAAGUUGGAGGAUACGGCAAGCAGAGCGAUGGAGGGACAUUCAACGCUUCAAACCUAUUCCAAUUAUUGAGAAAAGGAAAUUUGGAUCUUCCACCUGAUAGAAAUCUACCAGGUACAAACAUAGUUAUGCCAUAUGUUUUCCUCGCAGACGAAGCAUAUCCUCUUCUUCAAAAUCUUUUGCGACCCUACGCACGUAGAGAUUGCAGUACAGAAUCGGAAUAUUAUAAUACUAGACUCUCUCGUGGCAGAAAAUGCAUUGAAUGUGCCUUCGGUUCCAUCAAUGCGAAAUGGCGUAUUCUAUGGAAACCAAUUGAGACUGAUGUUGAGCUAGCAGAAGAUAUUGUAAAGGCAUUAUGUAUUUUACAUAAUAUGUUAAUUGAUAAGGAAGGCGUGGAACGAGUGAUACAGGAAGCUGAAAACUUCCAACGAAAUACCCAAUCUAAUAGAACGGCAUCCUGCCAUCACGUUAAUGUUAAAAUGGGACGUCAAAUUAGAGAUGAGUUCCGCACAUUUUUUUGGAAUAAUAAGCUGGAGUGAAUUAGAAAUUGUUGUUUUUUAAUGGACUCAUUAAAAACUUAUCUUUUUGUUUUUCUUCACUAUUAAAUUAAACUAGUAAUAAAGCUUCUUUAUUAUCGUAAAAUUUAAGAUUUUUCUG